AUGGAGGAUCAACAAACACCAGCCAUUCCCCAACCGCCUAAGAAGGUUAGCCACCCUCGAACCUCGCGACCCAAGCCUGCUGCUCCUGGAAACGAAGAGGCUUCUGCAGUCCUCAACCUUGGCGAGUUCCAAGAUGUCGAUACUCUCACGCUAUCCGAAGCUGCCCUGGUUCUCAACGCCCUUCACGCCAAGCGAAAGAACGACCGCCGAAAUGUCAACAACACCGAAAUGUUGAACUCGACUCUUACCUACCUGGAUAACUUUGCGCGAUUCACGCAGAAGGAGAACGUAGAAGCUGUCGAGCGUCUUCUGAGCGCACACAAGAACCUUGCCAAGUUUGAGCGCGCACAGUUGGGGUCCCUAUGCUGCGAAGGAGCCGACGAAGCGAAGACACUCAUCCCAUCACUGGCCGACAAGAUCUCAGACCAGGACCUCCAGGAUCUUCUUGACGAGAUUUCCAAGCUCCAGACCAGGUGA